ACUGCAUCACAAGAAGUACUUGAAAUAGCGUGUGGACUCGAGCAGUGGAUGUUAAGUUGUUGCGUUAGAGUCUCCAAUAACCGCAUUUUUGCAUCAAGUUGUGCUUGCUGUUGUUUUAGUAUUCGGUCUAGCUGGUCAUUUGAUAUCGGCAUCUUGAACGUGUUUUCCUUUUCCCCGUCGUCAGUGUUAUAAUUUCUUUUAUUACGAUCCAGCUACUCCUAUUGCUUAGUAUUCUUGGAUACCAAUGCACUUGGCAAGUCCCCAAACCAGAACACUGUAGUGGAUGAGAACACAAGUGGGGAUAAUCGAAUGUAUUUCAACACAAAAUUACAGGAUCUCUUAGUAAAACCGUACAGUAAAUACUUAAUUUGGAAAACGUCAAUCAAUCGUCUCAGACUACAUUCUUCUUUCGUUUCCACACCAGUCAUUCUUUGUUCUCUUUCUCUUUCUUUAAACUUCACUUUCGAUUGAUGGUACAUACUACUUAUAUCGGUGGACAUCAGUAACACACAUCACAGGUUGAACAGGAGCGAAAUUAUAUUCCAAAUAACAAGGGUAGAUGGAAGUAAGAAGCACGUUACUAUAUUUGUGGUUUUCGCAUGAAAGAGUUUUCUCCAAGUAUCCUCUAAGGAUAAUUAGAUAAGAAAUAGCCAAUCAGCGUGCAACAACGCAAUCCUGCAUGGAACGUGCUUCAACCCAAUCUAUGCUUCGCUAACAACUUCAUAUUACAGUAUGAUGUGGUUUAAAAGCCAAUUUGUUCACAAACUGAAGGUACUUUCAAUGGAUUUCUGGCUUAGUGAUAAAAGCGCUCAACUUUUGAGUAGGAGUUUGAGCGUUCAAACCCGCUACCGUCUGCCUCUAUUCUAACGACUGGAUGGUAGCACUAGUCCUUACAAGUGUGAAUUAACACCGAGUACAUAAACCUGUACUUGGCGUGUUAUAUUAACAGAAUUUUACGGUUAGACAUGAAUUUCCUGAUGAGGACUAGUAUUAAGUCGUUAGGUUGUGAUGCUUCAUCAAAUAACGUCUUUAGUUCAUAUUUUACAAACAACAAUUUUCCUUCUACCCAGACUUGCGAUGUUCAUUAAACUGAAUUCAGGUUGUGAAAAAGAUAAUGUUGAUUAGACCAUAAAACAAGAUCAGUCAAUAUAGUUGUCAUAGGAACAAAACUAGUCAUAUAGAUAAUGAUAAUGAAUUGAACUAAAAAAACAAACGAGUAUGUGGAGUUCAUAUUCUAUGUUUUUAAAAAAAUUCUCAUCAGGAUGUACAUUUGUUAAUACGACUGCUUUUCAGUUAUACCAACACAUUGAUGUUAGUGGUAUGAUGCAGUUGAUUUUUUUCUCCAGUAAGGUUUAUCUGAUUUCACAUAUUAAAAGUGUUGUGCAAUGAUGUGUAGAUUUGAUUUUUAUUUAAAAAGUUGGUCAGUUUAUAUGUAUCUCUGGUUUGGAUAAGUAGGAUAGUAGCUAAAGCUGUCGACUGUCUAACCAUUUAGUCAUAUAUCAGCAGCUGAAUACACCUACUUCAGUUGAGUGUUAUCACUAGUCAUCAAAUAAGAUGUUUGCUUCAGAAUAUGUAGUUGGUUGUAUUUAUCUGGUUAAUUAUAUUCUCUUUGUUACAUAUAGAAAGUUAUUCACCACACUUGACUUGUUAUAUGAUAAGGUUAAUAAAUUCUAUUUGUACAACAGUCGUGCUAAUAUAAUACUUUCUGAGUUAGGUUCUGUAGAUGUAAUGAGGAAUUAUAGUUUCGAAUACUUGAACAUCUCUUUUGUUAUAUCUUUGAUUCUCAUAUAUCUCUUUUAAUUGAAUCACUAGAUAAAAUUCUAUCUGUGCAAAUCCAGCUUAUAAUUCACUAAUCCAAGUGAACUCUCAAUGACCUUAGCUUUAACCAAUGGCGCACUCUAACAACAGUUUGUCUUAAUGAGCGACCUAAUUAAUCCUCAGCGCCUAUUGGUCCAAAACGAAAGCAGGCAAUCAUUUAUUGUUCAUAUUUCAAACCUUUGUAGGUUUAUGCACGUGAAUUUGUAGAUGGCAAGCACCGUCAGUGGGAAAACGUAGUUUAUGCGCAACCAAGCCAAAAUUGAUAGAGGACAGAGCGAGAGAAAUAAUCAAUCAGCGAUAAUUUAAAGAUAGUGAAACAUACAUUGACCGUUUUUACAUUUUACAAAAGCCUAUGGAUUAAAUAAUACAGCAAUACCAUAAACCAAUUACUUAAUAUUUGAAGCACUUCAGUUCUUAUUAUGGGUUUUAGUUCCAUCAAAAUUACCUAAUAAUUGUUUAUUAAUAGGAUUAAGAAUAGUAGUUCACUAUAUAACAGUCCUAGAAAGUUCCAACUUCAAUCCUUCGUUCCAUUGUAAACACAUAUACUACCUAUUUCAUUACACUUGGGUCUGAGAUAAGUUUGAAAUAAUUCUCUCCAGUCUUUUGUUUCCUGUAAAUGUCUUGUUCUUUUCUUUUUGGAACAAAUCCAACAAUCUUCAUCGUAGCGCGCUAAAAUUGUCAUCAAUAAACCCCAUGACUUUUUGGCAAGUAUGCAGACGCAUGCUUGGUUACAAGCAUCACCUGCCCUGAAAGUUUCAUCUUCAUAUGGCGUCGACUUGGCUGGCUUGUCUCCUGAUCCACUCCCAGGUUCUACUGAUGAAGAUGAGAAAGCAGCGUCUUCUGACAGUCCUUUUAGUGUAUUUGAAGAGGAUGGGGCGUUUUCCCCGAUUGAUUUGCACGCUUGGGAAAGAUUUUCAUUCUCUGAAAUGUCUCGUUUUCCUACAUUGUACUUAGCUGUACGAAAUUUAGUUCUUUGUUUGUGGUUUCGUAAUCCCAAACUUCUAAUAACCGGCAAAUUUGCAGCUAAUCACUGUUUUGUCCGGGGCUUACUACGUAUAGUUUUGUGUGAACACUGGAUACCACAUCUAAUUGAAGAAUUUACAUGUCGUGGUCUUAUCAACGUUGGUGUUUGUCAAAUAGAUCCGUUUGACCUAGCGGUAGAGAGUGACCAGAUUGUCACUGGUGUUUCCAAAGAACAAAAACAACAACAAAUUCCUUCAAAAUUCCAAUUACGAAUAAUCGGUGAUUCAGAUCUGACAACUGCUGUAACUAUUCGUCAACUAUGGAAUGCACUUUAUCUACACCAGUUACAUGUUCAAUCUAGUCAACGUGUUCAGUCACAACAACAAAAGCUUUAUUUUCCUUUAUCUAUCAAAUUAAUACCUUCUCCUAGUGUUGUUAGUGUAUUGUCAACAUUUACAAAUUCGUUAAAUAAUAAUUCAUUAAGUAAUAACAAACUUGCAGAAUUACUGAUCCAGUUUUCCUCUUUGAAUAAUACUAUUCAAAGCACUGUUGAAUUGAUCACAAACAAGGGAUUCGAUAAAAAUAUGUGUGAUAAUAAUAAUGGUGACAUGAAAAACUUAACAUCCAAUGCUUUAAUGUUAAAAAAGUCCAAACAAUGUCCAAUUUUAUCUGUCCCAUCUUUAAUGUCUCCUGUUCAAAUUGAUGAAAAUAAGAAUUUAUCAGGUAUAUUUGUACCACUACAUUCAUGGUCAGAUCGUAUCUAUACUUAUUCACAUCAUCCUGUGUCGAUAUUUGCUUGGCAAACUGGUUUGGAAUUACAUCCUAUUGCAAAAUGUCUACUUUUACAGCCAUCGUCAAGUGGAUUUGUAAUUAAUAAUAAUAAGGAUAAUAAUAUAAACAAAUUCACACUUAUUCCAUCGAGUCAAUCCGUUCGUAUAGAAUUUCAUGUUGAAGCUAUCUUAGACUUAGUUAUUCAACUUUAUUCAGAUAAAACAAAUGCUGAAAUUAAUCCGAAAUUAGAAGAAAUGGAAGGAGUGGAUUUUGUUGCUGACAUCAAUAAGAAUGAUAAUAAUACUGUAUUGAAAUCUAUAACUCAUAGAUUACUUGACAGAACUUCCUCAGUUGAAGAUUGCUGGGAUGAAAUGGAUGCAGAAGUUCGAAGGCGCUUGACUGAUUUAACUGGGAAUUCAGUUGAACAAAGUUUGAUUGAAUACUUUUUAGCUUCUGUUGAAUAUGAUUUGACCGAACCGUUAACAACAAAUUUUACAGAAUUAUCAAAGUCAUCAUCCAUGCGAUAUUUACAACCGCUAACAGCUCGUUUAGAUCAGUUACCAGUGUGUUAUUUUAAUGAGAAAACCGUCACAUCGACAACAGUAACAAGAGAGUUUAGUCAACAACAAUCGAAUAAUUUAAAUGGUAAUAAUGAAAAUCUCACUGCCUAUGUUAUUCGUACACCAUCAUCAAUUAGGAAUUGUGCUAAUGAAUCAAACAGUUGUUUAAUUCCGGGUCCUAUAAAUUAUUUAUGGAAUUGUUUGACGAAAAAUAUUAUUAAUGAAAGUAUUACUUGUGAUAAUAAUGAUUUGAGUCAAUUAAUCUCAAUUAUUUUAGAAAAUUGUGAUUUCAAUGUAAAUACUAGUUCAUUAUCAUUAUCAUCCUCCUCAGAUGACAAUAUUAUUGAUGCUAAUAGUUCAAUGCAUAUUGUUUCCACUCCAUUGAAACAGUGUAAUUGUAGUGAUAACAGUAAUAAUAAUUAUACUAAAGAGAAGGUUAUUUCAGAUGAUUUGAAAAGUAUUCGUUUAAAUUAUACCAAUGGAACUGAACUUGUUGAUUGGGUAAUCGUGACAACUCCCAUUGAUCGAAUCCGUUUACAUUUUGUACCCAAAUCUUUGGUAUCAAACGACAUGUUAAACCGCUCUGUCCAAUAUUCAAAACAAACCUACCUAUCAAUCUAUUUACCCCUUCAUCUUCGAUCCAUUUUGAUUGAUGAACAUUAUUUACUCAAGAAUGAACCAUACGCUCUAGAUGUAAAUCGUUCAGUGGACAAGAAUAUUGGUCAAUACUCAACAAACGCUCGCCUAAUUACUAUCACAUUAGUUUAUUCGUCAAGUUGGUGGAGACAAUAUACUACUGAAGGUUUUGUGAGUUCUGAUCCAAGCCAUACAGUUUCAUCUCAUGGAGAUAACUUCAGUGAAUUAUUCUCAUUCCUUCCAGAUAGUCGGGAAAACCGAGGAUUCUGUCAUGUGUUUCGUGAUCUACGUCCAGAUAUUAACUCUCCAGGGAUUUUGCAAACUCAAUUGUUUGCAGCCUCGGCAGAUCAUUGGUGGGAUAAAACAGAUGUACUUUUACAAACUGCUGUGGAUCGAUAUUUGAAGACCCAUUUCAUGAUAUCAUCGUCGACCGAAGAAUCUCAAUUUUCUGAUCGAUUUAAUUUAUUAUCUUCAUAUAUCGCUCGUUUACAAACUCCCAAUUUAAACUCUUCGAAGAAUUGUAUAUGUAUUGUCAAUAAUGAAGAAAAUGAUUAUAGAGAACAAUGGUUUCAUGUUAAACGAUCUGCUUGGAUGGAGCUUGUAAAACGUACUGGAUUACUUAUUGUAAAUUUGAUACAGAAUGAAAAUUAUAUAGAUUAUGGUAGUCGGAAAGAAAAUUGUUUACAUAUCAAUAAUCAUAUUAAUGGUCUAACUACAUCAGAAAUGAUUUACACGUCAAAUCCACUUCAUUAUUCAGGUAUGGAUGCAGUGACGUCGUCAAUACAAGCUGGUUUAGAACUGGCAAAUUUAACUUUACGCCUGUUACCACAUAGAAAUCAAUUCCAUUCUAAAUUCUCUUCAUUAGUAUCUACUAAUGAAACAGUAAUUAGUGUUGAUGAUCAAUCUAAUGAUACGUGUGAUCCUAAUUCCAAUGAAUCAUUCAAUAGUUCACAUUCCCAUCAAUCAUUAGAUAAUGCUAAACUCGUUCAAUCAUCAUGGGAACGUGUACAAAAUUUAAAUUGUCAAUUUCCAGAAACAUAUUUUAAUAAUAAAACGGAAUGCUUAAGUGCACGUACCAGACGCCUUUUGAAACGAAGGCAUUCUGAAUCAGAUCAAAAUCUUGUUUGUUUAGAGUGAUGCAUUAAUUCAUUAUAUAUAUAUAUAUAUAUAUAUAUAUAUAUAUAUAUAUAUAUAUAUAUAUAUAUAUAAACGACGUUCCUAGAUGUAUAUAUUAUUAAUAACUGUACUACGAAGUGCAAUUUAUGUAUUUAUGACCAAUGCAACUAGUAAUACUAUUUUAAUAAUUGGUUUCGCUUUUAAAUUUAUGGGAGAUUUUAGCCAAAAAAUCAAGGAUGAGUGCGUUUAAAUAUACCUACCUAAUUACUUACCGUGUGAAAACUUUUGUUUAUUUCUUCGUGUUUCAUUUUUGUUUAAAGUGUUACACAUCUACUACGUAAUUUUCUUUGUCGAAUUAUAUUUUUAAUAUUUUUGUUAUCCACUACACAGAUGCACUUACUCCACACCUCUUUUUCUUAUUACACAUUUUAUUCUUUUUUCCACUGUGUAACUAAUCUAUAUGUUUCUUUAUAUAUAAUCUAUGCAAUUUUUAAUUGGUUUAUGCAUUUCAUACAUAUACAUGUUUAUUUCUAGAUGCAGAUAUGUGUAUAUGUAUUACCCUUUUGUUUUUUUGUAAAGAUUUUCUUUAUUGUUUUUUUGCUUGUUAUUAUUGUUGGUUUAAUACGUAAUGCAUUUCAGGUAAAAUGCAAGCACGUUAGUUAAUGAGAAUGUUUUUCUCGAAUAGUAAUACUCUUUUUUUUCAUUCAGGUGUUAUUACUCAGUUGAAUGCGAUUCAAUAUUAAUUAAUGUUAGUCGCAUUAUAAAUAAUCUUUAUUGUAGGAUAAAUAAAUGGUUUCUAGAUGAAGUUGGUGUAAAAAAAACAGGAUUGAAUAAAAAAUUGUGGAUUUUUGAAUGAAUAGUCUUUUAGGUACGCACUAUUGGGGAGUAUUAUACCAGGAUAAAAUAACUAUUCAGUUCUAUUUUUUCCCAAAAUCUUCGUUUCCAAUUGUUAUAUCCGCGUCGCUAAUUACUUAUACUUGAAGCAAGGAAACCCUGCUAUCCCCACG